AUGGCCAAUGUCUACGAUGACCAAGACGGAGGUGCUUUCCGUCGCAGGAGACCGCGACCGAUCACGGACUAUGGCUCGUCCAUGGUUCAGUGGAUGAACAGUCGGCGACCAGCGUGGAAAGGCACAUGGCACUACGAGCAAGAACGGCCGAGUCAGAGCUAUGUCAUUGACAUCUUACCGCCGCCGGCGCGACAAGAUGCACCCGCCGAGUCGAUACCCGUCCGUCACUUGCACACCUCAUUAGGCAAAUCGAAGAAGCCGGUCACUGUGGUGCGCUGGAUGCCCGAGGGCCGUCGCUUGCUUGCCGGCGUGCAUAAUGGAGAAUUCAUGCUCUGGAACGGCAUGUCCUUUAAUUUUGAGACCGUUACCGCCAUGGGCUCGAGUUCUCUACGCGCGGCCGAGUGGUCGAAUCGAAAAGACUGGCUCGUCGCCGCCAACGACGAAGGCACAGUGUAUUACCUCCAACCGACACUGAACAAUCCGCACCAAUUCAAGGGCCACGACGCGCCCAUCAGAGACAUUGCAUUCGCGCCCUCGGACGCCAAGUUCGUCACCGCCUCGGAUGACAACACGCUGAAAAUCUGGGACUUUACUUCCUCGACCAACGAAUCCACGUUCAAAGACCACGGCUGGGACGUCAAAGCGUGUGACUGGCACCCUCAAAAGGGCCUGGUCGUCUCCGGGAGCAAAGACCACAGUGUCCGGCUGUGGGAUCCUCGCACCACGCGGAGCCUGACCACCCUGCACGGCCACAAGAACGCCAUCACCGCGACAGUCUUCAGCCGCGUACGGGAUCAACUCCUCGCCACGUCCGGCCGAGACGGGCAGACCCGCAUCUUCGACCUCCGGAUGAUGCGCGACGUGGCAAUCCUGCGCGGGCACGAGAAAGGCGUGACGACGCUGUCGUGGCACCCCAUCCAUCCCAGUCUAAUCAGCACAGGCGGCGACGAUGGGUCGUUGCAUUCAUACCUGCUCACGGAACCUAACACCCCUGCGGGAAUUUCUACCGCCACGAUAUCGCCAUAUUCCACGAGCGACCCACGCUCCGCUCCCCCACAGUCAAUCUAUCCCGCCCAUCGCAUACCCCAUGCGCAUGAUUCCUCAAUCUGGUCGCUAGACUGGCACCCGCUGGGCCACAUCCUGGCAACGGGCUCCAACGACCAUUACACGCGCUUCUGGUCCCGCGCGCAACCGGGCCAGACGACAUGUUUCAAGGACCAAUUCCACCUCGGCGAGGAGGGCGCCGAGGCCCAAGGCACGUGGGACCGGAAAUUCGGCAAGAAGCAGGCCAGGGAGCAGGAGGAGAUGGAAGAGCAGGACGAGGCUGAAGGGUUGGAGGACCAGGGCGCGAAUAUAGGUGACCAAGCUGGCGGGUUAUCAAUCCCGGGACUCCCAGGCUUGUCGGCCAUGCCAUCAGGCCUGCCAGGCAUAGGCAUGGGUGUAGGAAUGAACGGCCCGGCGUCGUCCUUCCCACCAUUCCCCAUUCUGCAGAGGAACAACAACAACGCCCGACCGUCGUCGUCGAGCCACCACGCACAUCAACCACCUCCGCCUAUCCCGCCGCCCUUUCCUGGAAUGGACGCCCAAAGCCUCCAACAGCUCCUGGCCAUGUCCCAGCAACAACAGCAGUCCGGCGCGGGGGGUUCAACUGCACCGCUUGACUUUUCAAAACUCAAUCUCCCGCCUGGGUUUCCGCCGCCGCCGCCACCCCCUGGCAUCGGAGGAAGCCCAGUCCAGAUACCACCAGGGUUCCCCCUCCCACUCCCUCUGCCAGGAACGACCAGUGGUGGCAGCGCAGGCACAGGCAUUGGUACAGGCACCGGCAUUGGUAUCCCCGGUCUCCGAGGCGGCGAGCUCGCACCAGGCUCCAUCCCAGGUCUGGGCAAUGCGGUAGUUGCCGCCGCCGCGCCGACGACAAACGACCCACGCGCCGGUGUGAGGAAAAGGGGACCCUUGCCCAGCCAGGAACAGGGGUUCAAGCAAGAACAGGCGAGGGGCAAUUACCGCGUCGCGCGAUAG